AUCUUUUUUUCUUUGCUUGUUUUGUGUUGUUCUCUGGCUGGCACUUGGCACAGGUCCCACACGCGGUGGGUGUGUACUUAUUUAAUUAAACAGAACUGGCUUUGUUCCAAACGGGGUUUUCGGUGGACCUGACCCCCAGCAGGCCCUCCGGAGCCAGCUGCGGGAUGACCCUGCGGGAGAAGGAAGUCAGUGCUAGGAUCUGAAUCAAACCCUCCGGGCUGAGGCCCUUCUGCGAAGGUCCCCACCACCUGCUAGUACCUGGAUUACCUCUCAGCUGCUGCGCUUCUGAAAUUCUCCCUCCUGCCCCAUUUUUAAAGCAGUUUCCGCGAGAGAGCCGAUCAGAGAGGAGGGAAGCAAAACAAAGCGAAAACCAGAAAGCCUUGCGAAGCGGCGGAGCUCCGGAACAUCAAAAGCUCAACUCGCAGCGGCGGGGCCGCGGAACUCUCGGGUUUCUCUCUCUCCCGCGUCUCCAGCGUCUGCAGGCCGGCCUUGCGCCCCUGCCGCCGGCUCUCCCGCCCGCCCGCCCCAGAGAGCCCUGCAGGAGCCGGUCCCGGCGGGCACCGGAGCUCCUGGGCUUGCUGCGAGCCUGUUUGCUCUGCUCGAGCAAUUAAUCUUCUCGUGCAUUACCCCCGGAACGGGGUCGGGUCGCCUGGGUGGGGGGGACGUGGGGAGCCUGAACAAGAGCUACCGCUCCACGCUAACCCUGUUCCCAGAGUCUCCGAGGAGCCAUAACCUGUUCCUCUCUGCAGCAGCCCGGGAGGGCUCGGUUCGACUCCACAGGGGAGGAGAGAGAGGGAAAAAGAGGAGGGCGAUUAUACUGGGCAGUAGUGGAGCCAACCGGGGGGAGGGAGGCGCGCACGGGCGAGUGCGUCUUAGAGGAGGAGUACACGUGCGGCUCGGACGGUGAGAGGCGGGUGGGAGGGCGGGAGGAGGAGAAGGGAGGCGUGAGCUGCGGGCGGGAGGCGCCACGGCCUCGCUAGACGCAGGCACCAGCAGCCAGAGAGAAAGUUCCCGUGGAGAGCUUGCCCCCGGGAGGGCCGACGGCGAGGCUGUCGUGGCGAGGGUCGCAGGCCCAGUGCGCCCAGCUUGCCUCACCCCUGCGCGCACUGGGGUCGCCCGGGCUCGGCUCGUCGCGAAGCAAGGGAGCGUCGCUGGCGGGCUGCCGCCGCCAAACUUGGAGGAGGAGGAUGCCGCGAGUGGGAGCGGCGGCGCGGGGCGCGGGGGCGCACUGAGUGCUCCCCGCGGGCGGCCCCGGGCAAGGCAGCCGAGGCUGCGGCCGCCCGAGCCCGCCGAGCCUCAGCGACCAGGUAGCGGUUCCAGCGCCAGGACUGCGCCAGAUCUGCAAGCCAGGGACGCCAGCGCCACCGUGUCGGCGUCGCCUCCUCGCCACGGAGAGCCGUGGUGUGCGGUGCGCGCACGCUAGGAGCGGGACUCGGAGCCACGGCCACGCCGCGCGCCCACACAUCCCCUCUCCGUGCUUCUCCGCUGACCUUCCCUGUGGGCCAUGAAGCUUUGGUCCGGAGACUCUGGCCUCUGAGCGGCGCGCCGCCCGCUCCAGCCGUAGCGCCGCUCCCCCAAAGACAGCCCUCGGCCUCCGAAGCCCCCCAUCUUCACCCAGGGAGGGCACCCAGGCGCUCCGGGAUGGCGCUCCCAGGUCCCCUCCGGCCGCACAAACUUCGCGGGAGGCGAGAGAUGCUGCCGCAGCAAGUUGGCUUCGUGUGUGCGGUGCUGGCUCUGCUGUGCUGUGCGACCGGCCUCUUCGGCAGCUUGGGGCACAGACCUGCUUCUGCAAGCAGACAUCUACCCGACACGUGGAGGAACAGGAAGCUGAUGGCGCCGGUGAAUGGGACGCAGACCACCAAGAACUGCACGGACCCUGCCAUCCAUGAGUUCCCCACAGACCUGUUCUCCAACAAGGAGCGACAGCACGGAGCCGUCCUGCUGCACGUCCUGGGUGCUCUCUACAUGUUCUACGCCCUGGCCAUAGUGUGCGACGACUUCUUCGUCCCCUCCCUCGAGAAGAUCUGUGAGAAACUCCACCUGAGUGAAGACGUGGCUGGAGCCACCUUCAUGGCCGCAGGAAGCUCGACGCCCGAGCUGUUCGCUUCGAUUAUCGGCGUGUUCAUCACCCACGGAGACGUCGGGGUCGGCACCAUCGUGGGCUCCGCCGUGUUCAACAUCCUGUGUAUAAUCGGAGUUUGUGGAUUAUUCGCGGGCCAGGUGGUCCGGCUGACGUGGUGGGCCGUGUGCCGGGACUCCGUGUACUACACCCUGUCCGUCGUCGUGCUCAUUGCCUUCAUCUAUGAUGAAGAGAUCGUGUGGUGGGAGGCCCUGGUGCUCAUCAUCUUGUACAUAUUUUACAUCCUGAUCAUGAAGUACAAUGUGAAGAUGCAGGCCUUCUUCACCAUCAAACAGAAGACCGUUGCCAACGGCAACACGGUCAGCAGUGAGCUGGAGGACGGUAAUGAUUGCUGCGAUAGCAGCUCUGACGACCCUUCUGUGCCGUUGCUGGGGCGAGUGAAGGAGGAGCCCCAGUACGGCAAAAACCCAGUGGUGAUGGUGGAUGAGGUCAUGAGCUCCAGCCCCCCCAAGUUCAGCUUCCCGGAGGCAGGCUUACGCAUAAUGAUCACCAACAAGUUUGGGCCCAGGACCCGACUGCGGAUGGCCAGCAGGAUCAUCAUCAACGAGAGGCAGAGGCUGAUCAACUCAGCGAACGGAGUCGGCAGAAAGCCGCUCCAAAACGGGAGGCCCGAAAACAUCAAAAACGGGAACAUUCCCCUGGAAAACCCAGACGGCGACCCUCAGCGGGAGCAGGAACAGCAGCCCCCACCCCCACCGCCUCCCCCAGAGCCGGAGCCCGUCGAGACUGCCUUCCUGUCCCCCUUCUCCAUGCCCGAGGCAAGAGGGGACAAAGCCAAGUGGGUGUUCACCUGGCCACUCAUCUUCCUCCUGUGCAUCACCAUCCCCAACUGCAGCAAGCCCCGCUGGGAGAAGUUCUUCAUGGUCACCUUCAUCACGGCCACGCUGUGGAUCGCCGUCUUCUCCUACCUGAUGGUGUGGCUGGUGACGAUCAUCGGGUACACAUUUGGGAUCCCUGACGUCAUCAUGGGCAUCACUUUCCUGGCGGCAGGCACGAGCGUUCCAGACUGCAUGGCCAGCCUGAUCGUGGCGCGACAAGGCCUUGGCGACAUGGCGGUCUCCAACACCAUAGGCAGCAACGUGUUUGACAUCCUGGUGGGACUCGGCAUACCGUGGGGUCUGCAGACCAUGGUCAUCAGCUACGGAUCCACGGUGAAGAUCAACAGCCGGGGCCUGGUCUACUCCGUGGUGCUGCUGCUGGGCUCUGUGGCGCUCACCGUGCUCGGCAUCCACCUGAACAAGUGGAGGCUGGACCGCAAGCUAGGCGUCUAUGUGCUGGUCCUCUACGCCGUGUUCCUGUGCUUCUCCAUCAUGAUCGAGUUCAACGUCUUCACCUUCGUCAACUUGCCCAUGUGCCAGGAGGACGACUAGAGCCGAGCCGCCGAGCCGCCGCCCUGCGGGGAGCCGUCCCGGUCACCCUGGCACCGGCGUCCUCCCCUCUCGCCCCUCCCACCGUGAGCCUCCUGCAGCGGCAGCCACUGCCCCUUCUUUCAUACACUGGAAGGAAGAGCCAUCCGGGUCUCUGGCCGUGGGCCAGGCUGCUGGGCAUCCUCCUCCUCCUCCUCCUUGGAGUCCUGCCCGCCAAAAGGCAAGAUUCGGGGGGCCACUAUUUGAGCAGCUUUGCAGACCCCUGAGCUGCCAGUCCCAGGGAUGUGGCGUGUGUCUCGGCUCUCUCGGACACUUUAGCCAGGAGGACUUUCACGUGCAGCUUGUCCUUCCGUGUCCUUUGCAGCAGCAUCCUCAGAGGAAGGGGGUCCCUGGAUGUGGGGUCUCCUGGCGUGAGUGCAGCACAGGGGUGCUGUCGCCUCUGGGCCUGAGGGGUGAGUGCCGCAGGCGGCUGUGCUGCGCAGACCUCUGACCUCUGCUGGGGUGCUCACAGUUUGGAAGGGGCAGGGCCUCCACCUGCUGGGGGUGUGGGGCCGUGGCAUCCCCGCCCUUUUUCUGGCAAAACUGGAAGAAUGGAAACAGUUCUUCAGCUUUUUUUACAGCAGAAGAGAGAAAACAAGAAUAUUCCUCUCAUUUUUAUUGAUGCAUUCAGAGAAUGAGCAAUGAAAUAUUACAAAUAAAAUGUCAUAUAGAUCAUCAUACUUGAAAAAAGAUCAUUCCAUCUAAAAGGACCCUGGGGGGACCCAAAAAGGUGACACUUAGGGACCACGGACCCUCCGUGUGUCGUGCUGCGUGGACACCGAGACGUUUGGUCUGGAAGUCGGGGAGGGGUCAGAGACCGGCGUCUCGAUGGGUGCUGACUCAGAGAUACAGCGGGGACCGCGGUUCACGGCCGUGCGCUGCAGACCCUCCGGGUGACGCAGCACCCUGCCCCUUGGGGUUUGUCAUUUCUUUGCUAAUGCGCUCCUCGCAAAACCAUCCGGCUGAAAGGCCCAGUUGUUUAUACGCCCAACAGACUUCGCAGCCUGCUGACCUGGCAUGCGCUCGCCAGAGGUAACAAUGGUCAGUGACGAGGAGGGAGACGUCCUGAACCCUGGUGAACUUGGAGUUUUUAGAGCUCAGUUUCUUGAACCUUAGCGUCUGCUACACAGGAAAGGCCAAGGAUGGGAGGCUGAUUCGGAAAUAGAAAAAUAUUAAACAGUUUUCGACUGCUUCCUAGCUCGCAAAUAUAUAUUAAAAAGAUGUACGGACACAAA